GGCCAACCCCCCUUGAGCAGGGGUGAGGUUGGCUCUGGUGUAAGGUCAACUCCCAAACUGCGACUUCCCCCUCGUGUUUCCUCUCUCCACGAUGCAUCCACCCGUUUAGCCACGUCAGUAACACCCACAGGAUGCCCAAUCUUGCUAACCUGCGUCACCAGCACUGCUGGGAGUGCAGACGGAGACGGGUCGUGUGUGACGGUCAACAACCCGUCUGCAACAAGUGCCGGACCGCUGGCAUCGUCUGUCCCGGGUAUGCAGACAAAAAGCCACUGCAAUGGCUAGCCCCGGGGCAGGUCAUGUCCCGGCCGAAGAAGCGGAAGGGUCAAGGGCGGUUACCACCUCUCCGGCUGCAAGUGUCGUGUCCUAGUCCAAAGAGACAGGCUCCUCUCACGCCCCCCGAGUUCCAGAAGCGCCACCGCAACCACCCGGCAACUCCACCUAUCACUCCUACUCUCCGGCCGGAAAUGUUUGAUAUUAUUGAGGCUAUGUUGUAUUACAACGCCCGGAUCUAUCCCGACCUCCAGUCUCACCAGCUCGGCCCGAGCCAGUUUGUUUUUCCGAUGUUGACGGUAGAAGACAUCCCGCUGUCUAUCCUCCACACGCUGGUUUCAGUCACCAUCAACCACCGAAUCAUGCAAAUGUCCGACUGCUGUCCCGAAAUCGACCUGGUGAAGCCCAUCUUGCAAAGAUUUUACCACCACCGCGGCAUCACCAUCCGCGCCAUUCACGAAUUACUCGACGCUGAAGAAACCCGCCGCGGUCUUGAAGCCGUCGUAAGCGUGUAUGCCUUCCUCUUUGCGUUCCUCCAACAAUCCAUGACCCCAUCUUGGAGGACGCACGUGGACGGGUUCAUGACCUUGCUGGAGUUUCACGGCGGGUUUCUGGAGAUAAUAGACAGGUGUGAUCAGAUGAGGCCGAGUUUGGUAGGGCUGAUGAUCACCGCGGUACUAGCCAACACCACCAGCCCCCCCGACAACCAGUUUCAAGUCGCCGACACAGUCACCACCCUCCGCCUGACGGAGGAUUACUACACCGAAGUCUACUUCCCCCCCAUGUCCUGUCCAACCCCCCUCUUUAUCAAAUUAAUCCUCAUCAACGAGCUACGCGCUCGAGAGCCUUCCCACCCGAAAACAAAGCAAGCGGCCCUCGGCAUCCUCGGCCAGAUAGAGCUCUUUUCCCCAGAGAACUGGACGUCAAAUCUGGAAAAGUCAGUAUUUGCCAGCAGGGAGGAGUUUCUUGUCAUUGGCCGCGUGUUUCACGCCAGCGUUGCGCUGUACUGCAUACUAUCGUUGGUGAGCACCGGGGCUUUGAAGUCAACCCGGGAAGUGGAGGUGUUGCGAGCCAAGUACGCCCAGGCUUUGUUCUCGAUAUUGGAGACGGGAAUGACUACACCGAGGGCAAGGAAGAGGAUGACUUGGCCGUUGAUCGUAGCUGGCGUGGAGGCGGCGAGGGCUGGGGCGGACGUGCAGAAGUAUAUUGGGCGGUGUUUGGUUGAUAUGGCUCGUGACCAAGGGAUAUCACCGCCUUUGGUGGCGAAGAGAUUGCUGGAGCGGUUCUGGGUCGGAGGAAGGGAAAGGAAGUGGGAUGAUUGUUGGGAUGGGGCUUAUGCAUUUAUCAUGUGAGGGGGAUUGACUUGUUUCUGGUGUAGCUACGUGUAACAGCUGUCCAGGGAUCUACCAACCACAAACCUCGAUUCCCUCGCCGUCUCAACCCGCCAUGUAGAACUCCUCCUAAAAGUACUUAUCCAAAAACCCAUGAGCCCUCCUAAAAGUCUCCCUGGCCGAAUAAUGAAGCGUCAAAUCAUGCCCCGUAUUCCUCGGCGCAAAAUACUCAUACUUCCUCCCCGGCACACCCGGAAACAUGUCUGUCCUUGUCUUCUCCAACAACUCCUCACACUCCCUUGCUGCGACUCCAGGUUGGGCGCAAAACACACCAUCUUCCACACCAGUAAUAACCAUAACCGGCUUGUUGUACGCCGCAGGCGGUAUCCCAAACGGUCCUGCAUUAGCGGCAAACUCACCAAUCGUGACAAUAUCCUGGUUUGCAAAGUCAAACGCGGGGAUUGCUGGGUCGUAAGCACCAUAGUAAAACAUUUUUGCACGUAGGCUCUCGUCAGCCAUGGCUAGGUAGCCUUUAUCCAGGCCAGGAAACCGAGAGGGAUAAAGAGUAGAAGCAGAGGCGAG